AAAUAGAGAAGAACUUUAAUAAGUCCAUUGAUCAUAUAAGUGGAGUUCAAAAUCUAGGCAAUGAUGAAAGAUCAGAUAUUAAUGAAAAACACCCAAGAAGUGGUCUUGUUAUAAAACAAAACGUUGACAAUAAAUCGACUGUGCAAACAAUCAAAAGCAUAUGUGAUCAAUUGCCCGAUAGAAGUGCGAAUUUAGAAGAUGGAGAAAUCAUGGAAAGUGCAAUUCAAAAGAUUAAAACAGUUCAUAGACAUUUUGAAACAGAUUCGGUUUUGCAGCAAAAUGAGGUAACCUCUAUUAAAGAAGGCAUUUUAAAUCUUGAAGACAAAGAAGACGGAGAAAUUAUUGAAGAACCCGAUACCGUUCGGCAAGUGAUAAUCCGUAAUGACAGAGUAGAUGAAGCUGAUGAAACAAAAUGUACAGUGAUGAAUAUAAAUUACAAUGAUGUAAAUGUAAUGUCAAAAGAGAUUAAGAACGAGUGUCGGGAAAAUAACGAAUGCGUGAAGGAAAAUGCAAUAGAGAGUGUUGUUGAAAAGGACGUGUAUCAGGUGAAGCUGCUGAAAUGGCCCGGAGUUCCAUACUUUCAUCACGAGCAAUCGGUGUUUGAUAUUGAAAAACUGAAAAAGGCACAAUCACAGCGAUCGUCAAAGUUAGGGGCAACAUGUUCAAAGUCAAAUAAAAGAAAACGGUUAAAUGAUAAGACGGACAAAAUGGAACCUUUAGGGAAAAAAAUGAGGAAAGACAAAAACGUGAGCUUUAAAAUACAAACUAAACAAGAACAUUAUAAAAAUAAAACAAACCCGCUUGAAGCGUUUGAUGCAAGUGCUUUUGACAAACCUUCGGUCAUAACAAAGACUAACAACCGUGACAUUGGGGUAACUGACAAACACGUCACAAAAACGUUUUCAAAUCCCUGGGAUAAUAUUCAUGAAGUUUCUGUAAAAGGAAGGACACCAGCAUCAGAGAGAAAUUUAGUGGAGUAUGAUGAUUUUGAAUUAUAUGAUGACACUGAAACUACAUUAAGUUCAGCAUUAAAACAGGAAUACAAAUCACAGAAGGAAGUUAACCUGAGAAUUGGACUUUCGGGUAAAGUAAUUGAUGAUGCUAUCUUAUCAAAAGAUCUUAACUGUAAUACCUUCGGGGCACGUGUUGUCUGCAGUCAAGAGCCAAUGACAGGGCAAGGAAUAAAACAUACAAGAGUUUCAAGGAAACUAUCCGAAUGCGACCCAAUUCUGCAAGAUGAUAACUGUACAGAAAGUGAGUAUACUGACACAGAGAUCAUUCCAAGCAGAACUCAAGCAACCAUUAAAGAGCCUAAUGAUCCAUGUGAUUUGAGAAACGUAUUAAAUAAGAAAAGACGGCAACAACCUGGCUUGAAGACGGACAAAACGUGUGAUAAAGGUUAUAUUAAGACAUAUAAUUUGAGAACUCGGCGCAAAACCAAACCUUUGACAUCGGUUUCAAGAAAACAUAUGAUAAGAUGUCGAGAUAAAGAUAAAUUAAAGCUUAGUGGGAUAUCUUCUAGGAAGCGGGUUAGGAAAGUUGGAAGCAGCAAAGAAACUGAUGGUGAUUUGAAGAUUGAAAUUAAAGGUGAUGUUUACCAAGUUUUAGACGAGGUAUAAAAAUGCGUCAGUCAAAUAACUUCAACUUUAUUAAUACUGAUACGCCUAUGCUUUUAUAUUUACUCAGAAAUGUGUAUAAGAAGAAGCGGGUAAGAUAUACCUUAUCGUUAGACUAGAUGUGCAAACUUGCUGACGAUUAUGUUUUAAUGUGAAUAUGUCAUAUGUAUAUAUUUAUCAGUCUGUUUCAUGGAUGUCUGACAUGUUUACAUUAGCCAUAGACCAUGUCAUUAUUAAACUAUUCUAUAAAUAAUGUCAAUAUGUAUUUGUUGAAUUAUAUGAUUAUAAUUGCUACAAAUAAUGUUGUAACAUAUUGAAUAAAUAAGAUAUUUUUGUCCACAUUUGUAAAUAAUGCAUGAAAGAAUUAAUUUGCUUAACUUUGAACUCAUUGCAACGUAAUUUAUGACACACUUGUCUUGUUUAUGAUGAAUGUGUUUAUAAAUAUAGGUAACGUUUAUUUUCAAGUAGCAUAUUCGUAAGAGUUUUUAUAUGUCGUGCUGUAUUUUCAGUGUAAUGUACUAAUAUUAAUUUUAAUUUAUUUCACUUUGAUAAUAGUGUUACGUAAUAGAUUAAACACCUAAAUCUCUUGUUUAUGAUGAAUGUGUACAUGAUUAUUUUUAUUUAAAAUAUAAUAUUUUGUUAAAAGUUUAUUAUUAUGUUAUGUGUUUACUGUGAAAAAAAUGAGUGCAAGAUUACUCGUAUUGGUUGAAACGUCAAUAUACAUUGGUAGUUUUCAUAUGAAUUGGUACAAAGUUUAUGAGAACAGAAACCCUAAUCAUAGUAUGGGUUUAAAGGCAAAGAAAAAGCACAGUAUUUAGCUUUUGUCAAUAUAUUCUAUUUUUGUCAUCAGUUGUUGUCAGCGUCAAAUAAAUACAAUCUUGCUCCUCAACAAUAACUCAGUUGAACUUACCUCUAGUGUUUAAAUCAAUUUUACACUCAUCAAAAUGUAUCAUCAUUUUGUCUAAUUGCAUUUUAAUUUAUAAAAUACAAUAUAAUUUUCCUUAGAAUCAGUGAUAAAUGUUGUUACUAGUAUUUGGCAAUACCUUAUUUGGCAAUGAUACAUAAUUAUAACUGAGAGCUUUAACAAAGUUUAUAGAAAGCCUUCUUUUUAUCAAUUUUGUUGAUAAAGAUACUUAGUUUCAUUACAUUUACUUUAUUGACCGCUACAUUGUUUGAAAGUUUAGACAACUGAUACAUAUAAAUACACCCAGGGAUGUUUGAUGAAUAUGUUAAAUAUCCUUUGUAAUCGCAGCUUUUCCUCGUGUUUCCACAAUACACUGUAUCCAUGCAUGUACCUGUUUGUUCUCGUCUUUCUAUAUGCACACCAUGUACGGUAACUGUAUGCGCUAUUGUUAAUGAUUUUGUAGAAAAGAGUAAGUGAGAUGAAAUUUCCAAUGUUGGUCAAGGUAAAUGUACACGUGAAGCGUUUUUUAUGCUCCCCGAAAAAUUUCGGGGGAGCAUAUAGUCGGCGCCUUGUCCGUCUGUUCGUCGUCCGUCCGUCUGUCUGUCCGUUGUCUUGUCCGGAGCAUAACUUGAAAACCCUUGGGGAUACUUUGUUUAAACUUCAUACAGUGGUAGAGGGCAUUGAGUCAAAGAAUCAUAACUCUAUUUUGCCCGGUUUUUGAAUUAUCUCCCCUUAAAGAAAAUCUCCCCUUAAAGAAAAAUAUUGUCUGGGACAUAACUCUUAAACUAUAAGAGAUAUCAACAUGAAACUUUGUAGGUGAAUAGAUCUCAAUGGAUAGAUGUGCAGUUUAUAAGAACAAAAACUCUUUUUUCCCUAAUUUUGGAGUUAUUGCCCUUUGUUAAUUUUAACACUUUGAACUUUGUCCGGAACAUAACUCUAAAACUAUAAGAGAUAUCAAGAUGAAACAUUGUAGGUAGAUAUAUCUCAUUGAGUAGUAGUGCAGUGGAAAAGAACCAUAACUCUGAUAAGCCUCAUUUUUUAAUUAUCUCCCCUUUUAGAAAAAUCUUGUAAAGGACAUAGCUGUAAAACUAUAAGAGAUAUCAACAUGAAACUUUGUAUGUAGAUGGAUCUCAAUGGGUAGAUGUGCAGUGCACAAGAACUUGAACUCCGCCUUGCCAAAUUUUGUAGUAAUUGGCCUUUGUUCAUUUUUACAUUUUGAAGUUGUCCGUGACAUAACUCGAAAACCAUAAGAGAUAUCAACAAGAAACUUUGUAGGUUGAUAGAUCGCACUGAUUAGAAGUGCAGUGCAAAGAACAGUAACUCUGCCUUGCCUAAUUUUGGAAUUAUUGCACUUUGAACUUUUUCCAGGGACAUAACUCUGAAACUACAAAAGGUGUACUUUCCUGUGUCUAAAACCUAUUCGGGGAGCAUCACCCGGCUUAAACCGGGCUCUUGUUUAAAAUAUAAAGCUGUAUCUUUGCUGCCUUCAGAUCACAAAAAUCGUUUAAAUUUUCGAAAAUAAUAAUUUCAAUAUGUCUGUAUGAAAGAAAUUUGUUUUGAAGUUUUUAUUUUGAGAGAAUGGUUUGACUUAAUAUAGCAGCAUAAUAUUUGGUUCAUGAAUUUUUUUUACUGUUUACGCGUAUUUAAGAACAGAAGUAACAGGAAACUAUUUCGAAAACCGACCAUAAGAUUAUGUUAACGUUAUGUUUUUACUGUGUUUAACUUUUAAUUUAUGAAAGUAUUUAAUAAGAUAUAGCUUUAUACAAUGUGAGGUGAAAACACAUAAGAUAUAAAAUAUAUACCAAGUUGUACAUAAACUAAAUUAUGAUGUCAUUAAUUUUUAAUGUUUUCAAAAGAAGUGUUUCAUACUUGUAUAAAUGCUUGGGAAAUAGUAUGAUAAAAAUAAGUAUGUAAAUUGUUUUAUUAAACUAUUUGCCACAAACGUGUGUGUAGAAUUUUGUUAUGAACAUUAUGUGUACUUUAUUUAUACAUGUCUGGUAUGGGCGUUUCCUCUAGAAAGAAAUUCAUUCUGCAUUAUUGAAAUAUUAUUUGACAACUAAUUUGGUAUUGAACUUGUAAAGAACAUUGAAAUGUUCUUAAUAUUUUUUGAUUGCAGAUGUUUCACAUGAUCAUGUAUUUAACAAUUUAUAUUCUUUUGCUUGAUUUUAAGAGUCAUUCUUUGCGCUUCUUUGUUUUAAUGUGUAUUGUUUUUUACCCGUUUGAGUUAUCGCAAUAGGAUAAUUUACCAAGUAAAAUGUAAUUAAUAUAUUAAUAAAAUGUGUAUUGACUUAAUAUAUUGUGUGUAUUAGAGUAUUAGAGCCACAUAGUUUUUUAUAUUUUGUUUAAAAAUUGACAAUUUGUACUUUCUUAGGAAUUCAUAAAUGAAGUUAAAUCAAUGCGAGAAAAUGUGUAAUUACACCUAAGAUAUUACACGUUUUGAUUUCGCGUUAUUUUCCUUUGACAAAAAACUUAAUGAAUAUGAACAAUUGAGUAGAUCAUCAUCAUAAUCAUUGUCAUUAUUUUUGUCAUCAUUGUCAUUAUCAUCAUCAUCAUCAGCAUCAUUUAAUAUUAUUUGUUAUCAUUAUUGUAUUAACAUUGACGAAUUAAAUGAAAGAAAUUACAGUUUACUUAGUAACUGAUGCUAUUUUGUACUUUCAUAUUUGCUAAUGAUUACUUGUGUUUGUUCCCGAUUUUAUUUAAGAUCAUUCGUAUUUUAGUUUAACUUCCAAGCUUUUAAUACCUGACCUAUACUGUAUGUCGUCUCUUUGAAAUAACGCUCUUAUCAUCAUUAUCAUUCGCCAAGUCACAUGAGAACCAUAUCAUAUCAUUAAUUAUAACAUGUAUUGAAAGUAAACACUUGAGACAUGUGUAUUUUUGGGAGUAGGCUCGCUCUGCCAGUGUGACAUAUUUCCAUUUUAUAAUAAUCAUUCCAUUUGUGUCUUUUGAAAAUAACAAAAAUGUUUUCAAAGUUCAUGAUAUGUCCAAAAACUACAGAAGCUUUCUGAUAUAAUAUAAUGUCCUUUGUAAUGGUUUAUACUUUCCUUUUUAUUUUGAUAAUUCUAUAUACUAUAUAAUUCUAUAAUUCUAUUUACAACUUGGUGUUUUAUAAAAGUAUCAAAUGUUCGGAAGCUUUCUUAUAUAAAAUAUGUCCCAUUUGCAGAUACGACAUCAACAAAGGCUGUUAAUGUCAUGUCUUGACAUUCAGACAAUGAAAUUAAGCUAUCUUGUAUGACUCAAAUGUUAUUAGAUAAUGUAAUUGAUUUUUAAAUUAUCUCAAUGAUAUUGUUUAAAUGUUUAUAAACAUAUCAUGAUAAUAUACAUUAUCCUGACAGUUUUUGAAAGUGAGGCUACAUCAAUGAUUUUCAUGCAUUAUCAUUGUUAAGUCUUUACAUAUCGGAGUAAUAAUUUGAUAAUUGUAUUUUGCAAUGAUGUUUAGAAUGUAUCGAUGACUAUACAACCACGUUAUCGUUGUUUUGAAAAUAUUAAAAUUUCUUUGAAUAUUAAA